AAGUUUCAGUUUGUUUGUCGUGUGCAACAGAGAGGGGAGGUAAUUCACACCUGACGUAUUCACUUUGGUGUUUCAACUGGCGAUAGAAGUCGAGUGUUCGGGUUUACAAACUGGAUGACCCUUUCGCAAGAGGUAUGGACAUUGAAACGGAAGAGACGAGUUUGUCCACCGUUGUCUACAGUGACACAGCAGAAAACACAAAUCCAAAUCUCGAAAACGGGAAUGUGACGAAACCUCAAUGGUCAAACAGAUUCCAGUCGAUCAUUGCUGUUCUUGGCUUCUCAGUGGGACUUGGCAACCUGUUGAGGUUCCCGUAUGUUUGUCAAAAGAAUGGAGGUGGAGCGUUCCUGAUUCCUUAUGUCAUCUCUACUACACUGAUAGCUAUCCCUCUCUUCAUCCUGGAGGUUGCCAUCGGUCAGUUUUCUGGCAAAGGCCCCAUCAAGGUUUGGGCAAUAUGUCCGCUCAUGAAAGGUAUUGGCGCCUGCAUCCUGUCAAUUUCGUGCAUGGUCAUCCCCUGCUACGGCGUGGUGUUUGCCUGGACCCUCUACUACAUCUACAACUCCUUCUCCACAGUCCUGCCCUGGACAACCUGUGGCAACUCAUGGAACACACCGCGAUGUAUUGCUGUAGGAGACACACGACGAAACAGCUCCAUGUAUGCACAGUUAAAACCUGUUCAAGCCAUCAACACUACAGAAUAUCGACAUGACGGAAUUGGUUAUAAGAAUAUUAACACAACCGAAAGGGUAUCAAAUGCGUUUGAUCAUACCUCAACUGAACAGUUUUUUCAGUAUAAAGCUCUAGGUGUUUCGUCAGGGAUAGAAGACCUCGGCUCCAUGCAAGCUCAUCUCGUCAUCUGCUGGUUAAUCACGUGUGUUGCCAUAUUCCUUUGUAUCGUAAAGGGAAUCAAAUCGUUCGGGAAGGUGUUGUAUGUAACAGCGUUGAUGCCAUACGUCCUACUGCUGGUGUUGCUGGUGAGGUCGUGCAUGAUGCCGGGUGCUGUGGAUGGGAUUCUCUUCUAUCUCACUCCAGAUUUCACCCUCCUUCAGCAUCCUCAGGUGUGGCUUGAAGCUCUGGUUCAAGUGUUCUUCUCAGUUGGUACAACCUGGGGUGUCAUUAUUGCCAUGGCAGGACACAAUUGUUUUCAUGCAAAUGUUAUCAGGGACCCUAUCAUCGUGACGGUGAUUGGCGAAUUGACGAGUGUAUUUGCUGGCUUUGUGGUCUUCGCGACAGUUGGGUUCCUGGCUCAUGAUCUACAACUACCUGUAGCUGACGUCAUCACUCCAGGUCCUGGCAUUGCCUUCAUCAUCUACCCAGAAGCAGUUGCACUACUGCCACUACCUCAGCUGUGGUCUGUCCUGUUCUUCACUACAAUGCUGAUGAUGUCCGUCGACUCAGUGGCUGGAAACGUCGAAACAGCUAUUGAUUGCAUAGAAGACAUUCUGCCACGGCGGUAUCACAUCAGACCUGUCAUCGCUGCUGUCUUCAUGGGGGCCAUGUUCCUUGCUGGCCUUGUUUUUACCACCAACGGUGGAGUCUACGUGUUCCAGCUGGUCGACUGGUACAUGGGAACAAUGGCCUGUUUCGUCAUGGCCAUUCUUGAAUGUGUGAUUGUUGGCUGGUGUUACGGUGCUGAACGUUUCUCAUCUGACGUGGAGGCCAUGAUCGGGAAACGCCUGCCUGUAGUCUACAAGAUAGUGUGCUUCACCAUCCUCCCAGUUGUGUUAACUGUUGCUUUGGUUUCGACUCUGGCUUCCUACAAGCCGCCAACAUAUGGCGAGUAUGACUACCCCAAGGUCGCUGUUGUCGUCGGCUGGUUUAUUGCUCUGGUGACCAUCGUUCCUAUCCCAGUUACCAUGGUGAUACAAGUACUCAUGAAGGAAGGAUCCCUGAGUCAGCGUGUGAAAUCAGCCAUGAAGCCAAGCUCUAGUUGGCCAGGCACCAGAGUGCGACAUGGGAGGAGGAAGACGAUGGAGGCGAUGAAGGACAACUUUCUGUUUAUUAUCGGACUGAAAAAAUAA